AUGACGAGCCGGCGCGUGCGUGCAGCGGCUGGCCUCGAGCUCGGGAAGCUGCGCGCGGCGAUGUUGACGCGGGGCGCGCGAGAGCUUGGGGGCGGGAGAGAGAGCAAGAGAAAGAGUUGGCAGCACCAGGCGCUGUUACUUAUUGCGCUGCGGACGCUGCCAGCAACGGCGAUGGUUGUGCGGCAGCCGCCGCCGCAGAACGUCUUCCUCAGUCAGCUGAGCUGCGUGGCGGCGUAG